AUGGCCCUGCAAAUGAUUGAAAGCGGUCAUGAAUUCUAUGAUAUCAUCGGCCAAACCGAGCCCAAUCUUGUCCAUUUCUUCAAAGGAAGUGAUGGCCCUGGCAAAGAACUCCAAUUUUUAAUAGAAGGUGUCAUUGGACAAUCUUUUAUGGUUGAUGUUGAAAGUGAUCUGCCACAGACUGUCCUGUACUUUAAUGGUGAAGAAAAGGGUGCUGUCAGUGGAGGCGAUAUAAGCGAAGUUGUUGAGCUGUUUGAGAAGGGGAAAUCAGGGUUCUGA